AUGUUCGGGUACCUUGUCGAUGUGAGGGUAAUUAUCCGAGACGAGAUCAAGAAUAGGUCCACUCAAAAGAACACAUCGCUCCCAUUUCCUUGUUUGAUCACUACACUAUGCCGCCGGAAAGAGGUUCGUGAUAUUCCUCGGGUGGACAGGAAUUUACCGGCUGAUCAAAUGAUAGAUUACACAAAAUUAGAACCGGGGACUAGGAAGCGAAAGCGAGUGAGCACAGAGCCCAGAGCUUCGGGAACAACACUUGAUGCUCAUAUUCUUGAGCCCGAAGACUUGGCCACUGAUAAUGAGGAGACAGCUCCCUCCACUGCCCCUCCAGUACCGAGGUCUGACCCUCCAAGUUCUUCCACUACAGUUCCCACUGACACAAUUCCGCCAUCCACCACAGCAGCCCGUGGAGUGUCUACUGAGGGUAUGCGAGUACUCCGGGCAGCAGAUGCAAAAGUUAAUUGGUUGGUUGAGAGGCUUCCCAAUUUUUUGAAAGAGGAAAUUGAGGCAGCCAUGGCACCCUACACUCAGGCGAUCACAGAAAUUAAGGCGGAGCAGGACAAAAUUAAGGAGCAUGUUCGCUACAUUGAUCGUCGGCUGGAGCAGAUUGAGGGGGGCAGUGUAGGUGGCCUUCCGACCAUUCGGGCGGACCUCGCUAAAGUCAAAGAGGACAUUCGAGUAUUACAGGUCCCCGACAUUGAGCUGAGUGCACCCAUUCUACCUUCCGGUGCUUCCUUGUUCUCCACUGGGCCCACAGCGCCUGCUAUGCCUUCAGGAAAAGGGGUGGUGGAGCCCACUGGGGAGGAAGAAGACACUGAAGAAGACACUGAAGAAGAAGAGGAGGAAGAAAGUGAUGAAGAGUUUGAUGAGGAGCUGGAGGUUGGCCCAGCUGUUGAGAAGGCACGUACUUCCGCCCGGGCUGCUGGUAUCGCUGAGAAUGAGAUUGAUACGUUUAUGGCGAUGCAGCAGUCCCUUGAGGCAAGCAGGAAACCCAGGGGGGCAUCUCGACCCCCGAGGGCGGGUGAGUCUAGUUCAUCCACCGCUCCUCCAGCUGACACACCGUUGCCCCCGCCUGUGGGGCCUGAGAUACUAACACCAGGGCAGGAGGGUGACACUGCCAUGCUUCCAUUGAUCAUACCUCCGUUGGAGGUCCUCCCUGCCGAUCAGACACCAUCGGACGCCACGCGUCCAUCGUGA